GGAUCGAAACCGGCGGGAGAGAAGGCUGCUGCGGAUAAGAAAAAGAAAAACGCUCCAUCGAAAAUAACGUUGCAGCGGGCAGCACGUGGCAAAAAUAAAUCAGUUAUUGUGAUCAAAGGGCUAGCUUCUUUUGAUGUGGAUUUGAAAGCGGCUGCAAAACUGUUCGCUGGACGUUUUGCGUGUGGCUCUUCGGUGACAGCGGCCGAUGAAAUUGUUGUGCAAGGCGAUGUUAAAGACGAAUUAAUAACAAUGAUCACAACGAAAUGGCCACAUAUUGAUUCAAAGAUGAUUGAAGAUCUUGGUGAUCAGAAGCGUUAA